AAACCCUAGUUACAGCCGAUGUUUAUAAGCAACGGACUUUGCCCCGCGCUACUGCAAAAACUAUGCACUUCUGUGCAAUAGAUUGUGGAAAAAUAUACUUUCUGGGAUUUGGAUUUUUAUGUUUUAGCUGAGAAAAGGCCUACUUUAAGAACAGGUAAACUGGAUAUAUCCUACCAGUCAUCAGGUUUCUGAACAACUAGGUCAAAGAUGUAAAUCCCAGAGACCCUGACCUGUAAGCUACUCAUCUCCAUGGAAACGAGGACGAUGACUUCUUUCAUGACCAAGGCUUUUGUUUUCAUCAGAUAAACUCUAAUGGAUCAAGCAACUGUAUUGGAAUGUAGUGCAGCUGUAAUACAUGUACAUAAAACUCUGUGUAGCUUCGAUGCAAUUGGAUUUGAAGCCAUGUAGACAUUUGAGGGUUCCAGUUGUGUUCUUAUCAUCAAACUGCUAUCAGACAACAAAUAACUUUGUUGUCGAUUACGAGGACAUUACCAUUUUAAACAGGAAAUGCCUGUUUCACAUGUUCACACCGUAGAUGCGAAUACCAGACCAAGGGGUUACGACUUCUGGUGCCUCGUUCUUGUGAAGUGAUCGCUUCAUCAGCGAUUGACUGAAGAUUAGGAAUAAAACAUGGACAAGCUGGAGAAGCCAUCGUCGACGUCUCCGUCGGCCAACAGUGUCAAGCGGGGACCAACGUGCUCCCUGAGCGGGAGUAGUUCCAGCGAGGGGGAGGGGUCGGACCACGAGGAGAUACCCCCCUCCCCCUGUAGCAGUACCUCCAGUGGCCCCACCUACGUGCGUCCUCCGGGGUUCAAGCACCAUGGACAGGAGAUCAAAGUCCAGGAACCAAAGCCAAAGGUCAAUGUGCGGAUCAAGCGCAAGAUCAAGAGACAGUCUAUGAUGAAGGACGUUCUGCCACUCAGUCAUGUGACCUCUCACCCCGUUGCCAAGGUGACGAUGGAGGAGAAGACGGGUGUUCAAGUCUUGCCGCCUAGUGGGAUGAAAACUAAAGUCAGGAAAGAACCGAUUCCGAUGAGGUUGCGCGCCCUCCCACAAUCCUUUUGGCAGCAGCCGAACACCGUCAAUUCAGCGUCUCCCGGCUCCAUGUACUCCGUUCUACCUCCUCUCUGCAAAAUGGAACAGUCCAACUCGGAUUUGGCAGAUAUCCGACCAGUGACACCGCCCUCAGACGGCGAGGUCAUCGAAUGCAGAGAGGCGGAUCAACCCGACGUUAGGUUAAAGGAGAAGAAGGACGCCCUCGUUGUUGACAAAGACUCGUUAUCCCUCAAACUCGAGAAAGAUAAAGAAAGGGACUUGUCGCGAGACAGGGAGAUAUCCCCCAGAGACCGAGACUAUUCCCCUCGGGAAAAAGACCUUUCUCCGCGCGACCGAGACACGAUUCGGGAGAAGGAGAGCCCACGGGAUAAAGAAAAAGUGCGCGAUCUCAAAGAGAAUGGGCUGGAGUCCAGUAAACAGCUCCCUCUUGAGGCAAAGAAGAAACAGCCUAGGCCACCGCCAAGGAUAGUGAGAGUGUCACCAGCCAAUACUGAACUGCUUGCAAAGUUAUUUGAAGGGUUUGAUGGAGAAGGAAAAAAGAAGAUUGUUAGAAGAGGAAGGCCAAAGAGAGAAUACAACCCUCAAGCAACUGCACUAGCAGCGGCGGCAGCGGCAGCUCAAUCUGCAACCAAUGCCUCAAACAACAACAACAACACCACCACCUCCGCCACCAGCAGUACCAAUGCAAGCAACCCCGCCCCCACGCAUCACCACCCCUACCUAACCGGUGAUGAUCCUUACAUGAUAGACAACGUCGCAGAGGGCCUCCUUCCAAUGCUAUCCUUGGAGACGAGUCGUCAGACCAGCGGCCCAUCGUCGCAGCUCGCCAUCGUGUCUAUCCGCGGUGACAACAACCGUAUGCUGUCGUUACCCUCACUCAGUGUCGAGCAGAAUCAUUCCGCCAUACUUUCCGAACUUGUUAAAGCUUUAUGAGAUUUAUCCCUAGAUGAACUUAAAGAACAUUGCCAAAAGUUGUUUUUAAGAAAACUAAAUUUUUGUGUCUACUCUGUUUUAUAGAAAUUAAUUGCUUAGCUUUUUGCACGAUAUCACUGCUGAAAACUGAAAAAGAAGUAUUCCCUCUAUGUUCUUAUAAUAUCACUUUUUAUUCUUCAAUAUAAGCCACAAUGUAACCUACACAAUCAAGCUCUACAUCUAUACUGAUUGCACAGAAAUGUUGCUAGCGCUAAGAGCGCGCUAAUAGAGGCCCUGUUACAAUCGGUAAUGUGGCAGCGAUGACUAAAUGUUACAACAAUGCAUUACUUAUACGUUAAAAUCAAUGUUUUACUUCACAAUCACGAAAAUGUGACUGGGCCGGCUUACUGUUUGUACUGCAAUCUGUUAGGCUAACAAGUACAUUUCUGUGCGGCUGGCACUGAUACAUAAAUUGAAGAAAAGAACCCACCUAUUACAUUUUCAAUCCAUGGAAUACUGAACUCCAUGAUUUCCAUAGACUUUUUAAAUGACCUAUUUCCAGUUAGCUAUGGAUUUGACUUAUAUUUAUCUAGAUCGUGUAGAUUUCCACAUAAUUAAUAUAUUUCAGUCACUAAUAACCGAUUAAGAUUUUAUUAUGCCAUUGUCCUCUGAAAUAAUAAAAGUUAGGUGCAUAGUGGAUAUCCUCAACAAUUGUGUGACUGAAAUUUUAUAAAUCAAAUUGUUAAUUAUUAUUUUGAUACAAAAAAAAAUAUUCAUGCCAUUUUUAAGGAUUUUUUAAGUAAUGGAAUAAAUCGAUUUACUAGAUCUUGCUUUAAUUCCUGUACAUGUAAAUUUGUAAUACCAUAGACCUGACACUUAUGUGGUAUUAUUAUGUUACGUACCUGUACAUCAGAUGUAGCAGUUUUAAUGUUUGUAUAUAAGAGUUGUGAAGUAUUCACUUUUUAUUUUCCAGUUUUUAAUUGUGUGUGAAAAUUAUUGACAUAAUUCCUCAUGUGGAUAUAGUACUUUUGAAAUUUUCAAGAAAUUAUCAUGAAAUUCCUACAAUAAAAUACUUGC